CGUGGGGCGGGGCUAGGCAGUGACGGGUAGUAGUGGCGAGUCACACCGAGGGAUAAACAACACGUUACAGCGGUUAAAUGUGAUUUGACUGAAACUCAGAGACUGUGAGAAAAGACCAGAAACAUGGGGUGAUGAAGGAUUUAUUUAUAUUUGAUUUAUCGCGCGUUUACAGAGGCUCGGCUUUUUGAUUUGAAACGAUGGAGUACCUGCUGCAGGUUAAAGUUGGAGCUCUUGUUGGGUUACUAUGUUUAACACUGAUUUUUGGACUCAUUCCAGCCCGGAUGAAAUGGUUUCAUGACACAAGUGGAACAGAAACCCACAAGGUAGUGCUGAGCUUCGUGAGCUGUUUCGCCGGAGGCGUCUUCCUUUCGGCCUGUUUAUUAGACAUCAUCCCAGACUACCUGUCUGACAUUCAUGAACAAUUACAAAUACGAGGCCUUGAUGAUGGCUUCCCGUUGGCAGAGUUCAUCAUGGCUUGUGGCUUCUUCACAGUCCUGAUUUUAGAGAAGAUAGUCCUCAGUUUCAGAGAGAGACACCGAAGUGGAGAGACGGCCCCUUUGUUAGCCCCGGCGGGUCACGGGCAUGCUCACGGACAUCAAUCGCUGAAUAACCUGGAGGGCAGCGGACAUCACGUCCACGUGGAUCAUCAAGCUCACUCGUCUUUCCGUUCCUUCAUCCUCUUCUUCUCUCUCUCUCUCCACUCGGUGUUUGAGGGUUUGGCCAUCGGCCUGCAGACCACAGAAACUAAGGUGUUGGAGAUCUGCAUCGCUAUCUUGGUCCACAAGAGCAUCAUCGUCUUCAGCCUGGCAGUGAAGCUGGUUCAGAGCGCAGUCAAGCCCAUAUGGGUGGCUAUAUACGUGACGGUCUUCGCCGUGAUGUCUCCCCUCGGAAUCGCGAUCGGCAUCUUAGUGAUCGAGGCCGAACUGAAGGCCGGCGCUUUCAUUCAGGCGGUGCUGGAGGGGAUGGCGGCAGGAACGUUCAUCUACAUCACCUUCCUGGAGAUCCUACCGCAUGAGCUGAAUUCCCCGGAGCGCCCGCUCCUCAAGGUUCUGUUUCUCCUGUUUGGUUUCUCAGUGAUGGCUGCUCUGAGCUUCAUUGGCUGAAAGAUGCUUUUAUUUGUUUGCCAAAAAACUAAAGCCUAAAGGACACAUUCGCGAGAGGAGACUUUCCUAACCGCACAUGAUUCAAGCAGAAUGAGGAACUGAUUUUAAAACAUAGAGCUGCUUUCUGUUUUAAAUGGUUUUAUAACAGAUCUUCUUACAGUUCAUUUCAAAAACUGCUGUGUGUCUUUUAUAUUAGACUUUUAUAUAUCUGUAAUCGAGAACUUUAUGUGCAUGCAACUUUAAACAGUUAUCUAAGUGUCAUGUUUGACCAGCAUAGCACUAUUUAUUUAAACCGUAUGAAUCUGAUUUUUUAUAUUAGUUUCAAAUAUUCUGAACAAUCACUGACAAUAUUAUAUAACUGACUUUCUCCUUUAUGUGCCACAUUUCCUGUUAAAUUACAUGACGGUAAAUUUGCUGGGCUGCUAAAGGUUUUAAAGUUUGCACUAAUGAUCACAUUAAAAAGUUUUUAUGAGAUUUCACAAAUAAAUGAGACAAAUGUGGGACUCACAUAGUGUUUUUUGACGAUGUUAUACCCAAUAAUCAAUAAUAAUAAUAAUAAUGUGUGAUUUUUGUAUUAAAUUUGUGUUAUGUGCAGCAAACUACAUCAUGUAAAUAAAUGAGUAUUUCAAACAACGAGU